AUCCAAAUCCCUCAUCCUCCGUAUUCCUCCGGAAAAAAAAAAAAACAAAAGCACUCCUCCAUCCCAUGAUGGCCUAAAAGCCAUUACUCCAAUCUUUUCUCCACUUGACAUCUUCUCACUUUGUCUCAAUUUUUCCUUCUCUCUCUCUCAUUAAAACACCCCAAAGCAAUGGCUUCCAACGAAUACCAGGGCGGCUUCUCCCUCUCCAUGUCCUUCCGCGGCCGGCCCCUCCGCCGCCGCAGCCAAGUUGUCUCCAUGGAGCAUGGCCAUGAACAAGAGCUCCACGAGCUCGACCUCUUCCACUCCCACGUCGCCGACCGCCUCCUCUCCCUUCUCCCGCCCGACUCCCCCAAACACUCCCUCGACAAGCCGCCUUCGCCCCUCCUCUCUCUCGCCUUUCUCUCCAAGCUCCUCGACACACUCCUCGCCGUCGAGGCCGAAUUCCGGCCGCUCCUCCCCCUCCUCGGCUGCGGCCCCCCUGCCGCAGCUUCUGCCGCCUCCCGUCCCGUCGCCGACCUCCUCGACCGCGCCGUCAAGUCCCUCGACCUUUGCAACGCUGUUUCCCUCUCCCUCCACUCCCUGCGCCACUGGCUCCGCCACGCCCAGAUCGCCGCCUCCGCCCUCCUCUCCCCCCGCCUCCACCUCCUCCGCGCUCGCCGCGCUCUCUUCAAGCUCCUCCCCUUCGACGCCACCGCAGGUAUCCGGACCGAGGGCGCAGGAUCCUUCGGCCGGCGGGAGACGAACUCGAGAUUCUUGUCUUGGAGCAUGUCGAGGAACUGCUCCGCCCACCUCGCCGCUCCUCGCGGCGGCGAUGGGGGCGCCGGGGAGCUGGCGGCGGCGGUGUACACGAUGAGCGCCGUGCUGGUGUUCGCCAUGUGGGCUCUGGGGGCGGCGUUGCCGUGCCAGGAGCGGGGCGGGCCGCCGGUGGCGCCGCCAAGGCAGCUGCCGUGGGCCGCGGCGAUGGUGGCGCUGCAGGAAAGGAUCGCAGAGGAAUGGCGGCGGAGGGACCGGAAGGCGGCGGGGAUGCUGGCGGAGCUGCUGGAGGUGGAGAGGUGCGGGAAGGUGCUGAUCCAGGUCGUGGAGGAGGCCUCCGGCGCCCGCGCCGGUGGCGGCGAAGGGGGCACGUCGCUGGAGAGGGAGAGGGCGGAGGAGGUGGCGGAAAGGGCGGCGGAGCUGGCGGAGGCGUGCCGGAGGCUGGAGGAGGGGCUUGGGCCGCUGGAGAGGCAGGUGAGGGAGGUGUUCCACCGGGUGGUGGGGAGCCGCGCAGAGGUGCUCCGGUGCUUAGAUCAGAGAGCGCGCUCUGCCAUUGCUCCCUGUCCCAUUGUUUCGUAGACAAAAAUUAAAACCCUUAGGUUUGGAUUUGGGUUUUUCCUAUAACUUUAUAAUUUUAUCAAAUUCUUUCAUGUGUUUAUAUGUGAAUGUAACAUUAACUAGAUCAAUCUUUUUUUUUGGUAAGGUUUGGGUUUCUUAUGUACACAAGGAUUAAAGCUGAGGUUUCUAACAUCAAGAACUUCAUCUUUGUUUUUCAAAAUUAGUAGGAGUGGAUUGGAUUGGUUAUUAACUCCAUAGAAAUUUAAUAUUAUUUGUACUUGUAAUUUCAUCUGCUUCUGUAAAUAUUAACUGAAAUUUAUUUAA